GCUUCGUAUGCUGCAGUUCGAAGGGAAACGUUCUGCUACCAAGAAAACAACACGUUUGCUUAGGUAGACAACUUUGUGUCGUUCUUCUUACGGAUCGAAAUAUUCUUCACUCAUCAACUGUUUGCCUGUUGAAUCACAGACAAAAAGACUAUGAACUGUGACAAUCUUGUUCUACUUGUAACGGCGGCAUUCAGCAUUCUGGUCAUCGAUUUGGCUUUGGCCAAGGACUAUUACAAAAUUUUAGGGGUUCCUAGAGAUGCGAACGACAGACAGAUUAAGAAAGCUUUCAGGAAGCUUGCUGUAAAAUAUCAUCCCGAUAAAAACAAAGCUAAGGAUGCAGAGGUGAAAUUUAGAGAAGUUGCAGAAGGUAGGUAAUGCAAAUACUUGACUGAGACGUCAAUAUCUCGCUUGAAAUGUGAUUGUCGAUAGUGUUUGAGCCCCUUAGAGGCAAAACAAUCGUAUUGAACAAGAUUUACCAGUCACCUUCACCAAUUCUUUUUUUAAUUAAGGUUUUAUUUUCCUAAUCGAAAUGUAAAAGGAAAUCUUGAAUUCGUUUUUCGUGGAUUAUAGAUUCGCAAAAACCCACUACAGAAGUUAGGUAUCUUCAAACACCGGGUGUCGAUUUCUGUGUUGUUCUGUGCUAUAAUCACUGUCAAAACCACUUGGCGAGAUAUUUAAAUUUUACCAUGGUAAUUCAUGAUUGAGUGGCGAUCGCCUCAGUUCCUUAAACGAAUGUUCUUAUUUAUAGAGAUUGAUGGAUUCUAGUAAAUUCCGCAAUUGUUUGCAUUACAUUGCACUUGUGGAUUGCACAACAAUAUCUUGAUGUUUUUAAUGUUUUGAUUUUCAAGUGAAGCGUGUUGUCAACAUUUGAGUCACAAUGGUUUAAUUUCUGCUUAAGACGGAAUGAAAUGUCUUGAAACUUUUUGGAAAUGCUAUCAUUUCGAUUUAUGUCGUGCUAUUCUAUCUAGAACCAACUUACUAAAAUUGUCGGAGAAUUAUAUGGUUACGUUAAAAGUACAUGAUUACAUAAGGUGUACCCGAACAAUUUGAGGAACAAAUUAAACGUGUAAGAAAAUUCAAGGGUACAUUGUACAGUCAGGUCAGAGGUGAAAUGCAGGAUCGAAGAUGUCUAGCAGUUUCCACGAACAUUUUAGUUUCAUCCUCAAUAAAGGAACCUCCAGUCUACAGACAAAGUUUUGAUGUCUUCAUGUGUGUUAUAUUUUACUUAGUAAACACUUUUUGUCUUAAUGUAUAGGUGUCUGUCUUGUACUGUGGAAGAAAUUGCAAGUGUCUGUUUGAGAAAGUGUCAAUGGAACAAUCAAAGCCAUUAUGAAACCACAAAAUCCAGUCUACCAAACACUGAUUUGUACUGAAAGGAAUUCAAACUUUCAAUGCUUUUUUUCAAGCCCAUGCUACCUUCAAUAUUUUAACUGCAUAAUUAGUUCACUAUCAUAAAAUUAACCAUAAAACGUAAUCUAACACCACUGACCUCAAAGAUGUUGCUAACAAAUUUACUUCCCCUUCCAUACCUGUAGCAUAUGAGGUACUAUCUGAUGAGAAGAAAAGGCGACAAUAUGACCAAUUUGGAUCAGAAGGGAUGAAUAAUGAUGGCUUCAACUUCCAUCAAGGAUUCCAGAGCUUUGAUGAUUUAUUUAAAGACUUUGACUUUGGUUUUGGAAAUGGACACAAUCAGAGGGGAGGAGGUGGAGGUUUUAAGUUUUCAUUAGGAGGAGGAUUUGAUGAUUUCUUUGAUGAUGAUGAUGAGGAGGAUGAUGAGGAAGAUGACUUUUUUGGAGGAGGAUUUAAGUUUGGUGGCUUUGGAGAUUCAUUCUUUAGUGAUGACAGCUUUCACAGCGGUAGACAUAGAGAUGACUUUUACUCUGAAGAUAAUGGGGAUAGAUUCCACAGAAAUGUCAGACACUCAGAGUUUAAACAAACACAAUCAAGUAAGUGAAACAUGAAAGCUUAUUUUACAUGGGUUUAAAAAAUAGCUUAUCAAAAUUAUACCACGGAAGAGCUAAUUAAUGUUCAAACAGCAUCUAGAAGUGUUACUUAUCACUGUGUGGUUCGCGAUAAAUUAAUCCACAAGGUUUCAAGUGUAGUACUGGGGAAAGUAGAAGCAAAAUUCAAAGUCAGGUCUUUGUUUCUUAUCAAAUUGGAUGUGGCAUACUUUUGUUAGGUGCUUUAACUCCAUCCACUGAAAUGAAUCUUUGGUUGAAAUAAAAUAAAGUAACAUUGGUGAGGUGUGUGUGUAUGACAUUUAAGAAAAUGCUAGAUGUUCCGUUGGUCAUCUUAGCUUUCUAGGUUUCUUUCAUGCUGGGUUAAUGAAAAAGUGUGAGUGGGUGUGUUGUUGCACUGCAUUUAAAUACAUCCAUGUUGCAAAUAACAUUAACCUACAUCAUUAUAAUAUGCCAAGGUUGUCCUGAGGUAGAUCUGAACAUUCUAAUUGGUUCUUGCUCAGUCACUAUUUUUCCAUACUGACCAUUUCUAAGGAAACAGUCAUGAGCCACAUAUUUUUGUUUGCAAAAGCCAGCAAAUUCAAAAUGUACAAGUUUGGUCCAAGUACCUUAUAAUUAACUGCUUACUAACCUGGCUUGCUUGAGGCAUACUGGGAAUAUUGGUCCUUGAUUGUUUUUGUACAGACCUCACAGCACUCAGUCUGUACUACCACAACCUCAUGGCAAUAUAUUCCUUAGUAUGGCCCUCAUGCUUAGUUGGUAAGAACAUAAUAUAAUUCAAGUAUUCUGAGUGAUGCAAAAUUAUGUCUUUGUUGUUAUGUUAGUAAUAAUCAUACAUCUUUUGAUUUUUAGGAGGUAGAAGUUGCCGAACUGUUACAAGGAAAGUGGGAAAUAUGGUUACAACUUUUACAGAUUGUUCGUAAGGAUGGUGUUUAGUAAUUUUUAGAAUACAAUCCUCUUGGGCUGGGGAAUUGACUAAUGUAAUGGGGAAACUUAUCAUAAUCAAAUUGGGUUUCCCCGUGCCACAGGUAGUUGAAGGAACUGAUAAAGAGCUGUUAACUACAGUUGGUAAAAAAAUAAAAAGAAUAACCUAGUUUUAACAGAAAUCUUAUGUAAUUAUGUUAGGCAAAGUAUAAAGUUAACUUACAGGAAAUAAAUAGGGAAAAUUAUUACUUUAAGGAAAUCUAAACAGUACAAAUUUACUCAUGUUUUCAGUGAUGGGUUCAAAAGUGGGCAAACUUGAAUGGAAGCCCAAGUUGACGGUACCUUAGAAUGUUUGGUGGGUAAGCGAUUGGACUGAAUAUUUGUAGGAAUAGUGCAGGCAGUCACCAAUAAAAAUGGUCUAUUCUACUGCUAAAGAAUCGAGAUAGUUUUGUACUUGUUUGAAGGUUCUCUCAACUAACUGUGGCUCUGAGGGUGGUAUGAUAUUUUUCUCAAAUCAUAAUGUCAUAAACUGAAAAAAAAAAAUUCUUUUUGUUCUUUAUUUGUAUUAGAAUGAGUUUAGAUUUAUACAAUAUUUAAAAUGAAAUACCUUGGUAGUAGUGAAGGAUUCAUUGUUUGCCAUUAAACACGGUAGUUUCACUCAGUAAUUUAGUUAUAUUAUUAAAUUAUGUGUUCUAUUACACACAAGAUUAACUGUAUUUAGCAACUAAAUGUAAAGUACUAUAGAACUUUGUCUGUACAUAAUUGUACAUGGAAUAAAGUGAUGGUUUCUUAAAGAUGUAUCCUACUUUUGAUGAGAUCUUUGAAAACAUCUCUGAACAUUUCUGU